UCCCGCAUUUGUGAUUUUGAAAUUCAACAUGAGUUAUGAAGAGGAAGCAAUGGAAAUAUCUGGAGAAUCCAAUUUGAUCGCAAACUUACAUAACUUCAGCUUUGAUGUAUCAUGGGGUAAUAAACAUCAAGAAUAUAGUCCACCACGUCAUAGAAGCCAUAUACUCUCUCCAGCAAGAUUUCCUGUGGCUUCAACCCCAAACCCUGGUAGCUGGAAGUCCUUGACAUUGAAAGAGAAAGUGCAGUCAUUCUCACCUCAGACUAAAGUGAAGGUUUCACAAAAGACAGUGGCUUCCUACCAUGAUACCGAUAGACCUGAGAUAAAUAGGAGCUGUAGUUUCUCGCCAAUGGAGCUAGAUCAUUCUGAUACCAGCUUUCAUAAUAAUGAUUUGAAUAAUACAAACUCAAAGCUAAAUAAGCGGCACAGUGAUUUUGGUGUUUCAUAUUCAAGUCAGAAGAGUAAAGAAUUUACAAAACUGCCAAAGAUUACUUCGUCAGAGUCCGUUAGACAGAGGGACAUCAACAAGAACCUGUCACAAAAUUCUAGUCUUGAGGAUUCAGUUUUUUAUAGGGAUUUAAAAAGUUCAUCAAAUGUAAGCACCGUCGGUGGGAAGUCCAGAAAGCCGAAACCUGAUAAUAAUAAGUGUAACUCCUCUUUCCUGAUACUUUUUCCAAUUAUUCUUGCCUCAACCUGCAUCUGUGGUUAUUUAUAUUUUCAAAUUGGCUGGUGCUCUGUUUUUGACGUGGACACAAUUAAGUUACGGCAUAAAUUGGAAGACAAUGUAUUCGGUCAACACAUUGCUGUAAAGUCUGUGAUAGAUGCGUUGGAAAAUUUCAGAAAAAAUAUUCGAGGAAGAGACGGGAAAAGAAGCUUGGUAUUGUCUUUCCAUGGCUGGACGGGAAUCGGUAAAAACUACAUAAGUAAAUUCAUAUCGGAAGCAUUCUAUAAUGCAAAAAUUUCAUUGUAUCUUGCACCUUUACAUUUGAUUUCACGAUAUGGGACGGAGCAAGAAAAUGGUACCGUUGCUAUAAAGUCGUGGAUUCUCGGAAACUUAACAAAAUGUGGCGUCAAUGUAAUAAUUAUUGAUGAGAUAGAUAAAGCUGAAGUAGAUCACCUUAGAGGUAUACAAUAUGUUAUUGAAACAUUGAAUAGAAAUGCAAGAAAAGUCAAAGAUGGUGUCGUGAAGAUGGGGCCUAUAACUGUAAUAUUAUUUUUGAGCAAUUCAAGGGCAAGUCAAAUUAAUCAUUAUUUGUUUUCGCAGAUGUUAGUGGAUAGGGAAAGAGAAUUAAUUCUAAAGAGUGAAUUUGAUGAAAUAUUUGAAAGCAGUAAAUCGGAAUGGUAUGAGGAAAUGAAAAGCAAAGGGCUGAUUGAUCAUUUUAUUCCAUUUUUACCGCUUACAGAUGUACAUGUUAAACAAUGCAUUGAAAGAGAUUUUGUAAAAAAGGGACGUGAUCCAAAUGAAGGAUUGAUUGUAUCUGUUUUAGAAGAGUUGUCUUUUGUUGACAUGGGUGGAAAAAGUGGACACAUUUCAUUAACUGGCUGCAAACGUGUACAGGAUAAAGUUAAUCUUCAUAUUGAUGAUUAGGUUAGAAAAUGUUGAGACUUACCAACUUCUGUACUUACUCAGAUAAUAAGGGUUUGCGUUGUUUUUUCUGAGUAAUAAAUAAAAGAAAAUUUUAAUCCCACAACAGUUUAUUAUUUCACACUUCACACGUGUUAUUUCAAACUUCACACAACUGUUUUUGAGUUAAUUUUACACAGUCUGUUUUUAAGAUAAUUUUUCACCGACUGUUUUUGAAAAGCUUUGACAGAUUUAAGAUAUUGUCUGGGAUAAAGUGACUGGUGUCAAUAAAUUCCCAAGAACAUUAAGCCAAUAGCUGCCAAAUUUUAUAGGAUAAUAAUGUAAACUCCUUGUGCACAGGAUCACUGUACUUUUCAGUUGUUCAUGAAAACAGUAGGUUAAAGCUGAAGAAAAUUUUGAAAUAAAUUUUAUGACCAUAACAAUUUACUUAUAGGUGAGGUUACUUUUUCUGACUGCUAGGGGAGCAUAUUUGUCAUUUUGAAAUUCCUUGUUGAUAUUCCCUCAGUUGUGCCCCUUUUCCCACAAUUUUAUGGUUGAAUUUUUCUGAAAAGCCGUCAUAGAUGUUCACUUUUAAACAUUGGUUGAUUUUUUCUUAAGGUUUAUUUGUAGAUGUUCACUUUAAACAUACAUGCAGUAAACUUGUUCACUUAUAUUUUUGAAUGCAUUUCUAGAAAGCAUAAUUUUCAUAUAACCCAAAAAGAUAAGUUUGCUUAUAUAUCUUUUUUUUUUACUGAAAAUACUUUCUAUAUUUUCUAAAAAAAAAAACAAACACAAGAUAUGCACUUCGAACUUAAAUAAAAAUCAUAUCAAAAUAAUAAAUGCAUAUACAUUGUAAAUUUGUGUUUGACAACUCACCCCCUAAACAAAACAUAAUAAACUCAACCAAAAACAAGUGUCUGCUUCUUUACCUAAUUAUGUAGUUGCAUGACCAUGAUUUGCCAACCAAAUUUAAGAGCUAAACCUAUGGUAAAAAAAAAUAAUAAUACUAUGACCACAGCAGAUUUCAUACUGAAAAAACUUGAUUAUCAUUAUCAAGGAUUGGUAGUGCAUGUACUUCCAAGCACUUUUGCAGAAUUAUGCCUCCUGAUUGCUUUUAUCUGAGAAAAAUUGAUUUUGCUGUCUUUUGACAGAUCUUGUUAUAAUAUGUUAAUAAUGUUCUAUCUGUUGACUCUAUAUUGCCUUGCUGGACCCUGGUAAUUUGAUUUGUUUAUACAGUUUAUAGAUAACUGUUCAAAGAAUAGGGUGAGCUAUUUUACUCACCUAGGUGUUGUCAUAAGGAAUACACUUUGGUUAGGUUUUUGCAUGCAAUUUGGUAUCUCCAGAACUACUGAAGAGAAUGGAUGAGAGGCUGAGAGCAAAACAGGAGGUCACUGUCCAAGGCCCAUAUUUCUGACGUGAAUUUUGACAGAAUAAUGGCGUUUUUUAACUUUCAACAUUAUCCAGGCUCUUGUUUUACUAGAAUAGUUGAGCAUGCUAUCCUACUGACUGCUCUUGUUUCUGUAUGGGGUUGAAUGCUAAUGACUGAAUGUAAAUUCUAACUCUGAAUGAAUUAAUAAAAGUAGCAAAAUAA